AUGUCGUCAACAGAAUCAAGAAAUCUAUUAUUGUUGGUACUAGAUAUGACCCCCGCCUCAUGGGGUUCUUGUACAAGUGAAUUUAGUUUGCCAAAUUGCAUUGAGGCAGCUCUUGGUUUCGCAAAUAGUCAUUUAAUGUUGUCUCCACAUAACGAGUUAGCAGUAAUAGGAGUUACACCUUCUGAAAUAAAGUUUAUUUAUCCAAACGAAUCGGAACCUCCAACUAGUGCUUCAAAUGAUGGCCAGAAUGACGCACUUAGCUGUAUGAAUAACACUGUCAGGCAACUAGCAUUAAACCUUGUGACCUCCUGUUCUUCUACAAGCACACAAAUUGUUUUGGCUGGUGCGAUAAUAAAAGCAUUGUGUUAUUACCUUCGGCGGUGUCGUGAAUUGCAGCCAUCUACAAGGCAUUUAAAUGACUCUUUAGAGAUGACUAUGGAGUUUAGCGAAGGGAGUGAAAAGAUUUCUUCUCGGAUACUGAUUAUUAAGGCGUCUGAUGACAAUUCUUCUCAAUACUUAGCGUUGAUGAAUUCUGUGUUCACAGCUCAAAAGCUUCAUGUUCCAAUAGACACAUGUGUGUUAUCGUUACCACAACAGUCAGAUAAUUUAAAUAGCAGAUGUGGGCUAAGUUCUCUUGGACACUCAAGUCUUCUUCAGCAGGCUGCAGAUCUAACUGGUGGAAUUUACUUGCAAGUACCAAGAGUUUCUGGAUUACUACAGUAUUUGUUGUCAGUAUUUUUGCCAUCAUCUAAAAUGAGAACAUCUCUUUUACUUCCAGAUAGUCGAUCCAGUGGUGUUGACUUUCGAGCUGCAUGCUUUUGUCAUAAACGAUUGAUUGAUAUUGGUUAUAUGUCUGACGAACGUUCAAUGAAAAAAGCUGAAAAACACAAGCUAUCUGAUCCACUUGACGAUGUAGCUUGGAAAAUUAUGCGAAAGAUGGGUUAUGAACAUGGUCAAGGAUUGGGUGUUAAUGCUCACGGUGUAGUUGAACCGGUUGCAUUGAGUAAACAAAAAGGCAGAAGUGGUCUCGGUUCAGUAAGAACAACAUCGUCAUCUGAUAAAAAGAUUGAAUCAUUCUCAGGCGAACUCUAUCAAUCUUCCAAUCCAAAUUUAGUCUGGCAUGAAGGUUGUGAUGAUGAUUAUACUACAGCUGAUGGAGAUCGUACGUGGUCAUGGUCAAUGGAAGGCGGACCUUCUAUUAAUUCCUUAUUGGAAUUGAAUUCUCUAAUUAUCAGUCCCGAUGAACCGGAGGCUUUAGGUCCGCCUAUUGAAGAGUUAGAUAAUGAAGAUAAAUUCUGCUCGAUCCAUCUUGUUCAAGAAGUUCUAAAUUAUAAGAAUCAGUUGGAUUAUUUAUCAAAAUUGAAUGUCACUAAAAGUCAUGAACGUUGUAAUCCAUAUGAAUUGAUAAAGAAGGGGAUUUUUAUGAACAGAGCUGCAAUGAAAAUGGCCAACAUUGAUUCAAUCUUUAAUGGAAUGUUCACAACUGCUGCUCCAAAAGAU